UCGGAGGCAUCUGCCCAUCAUUCUCGUAAACUGUUGCUCCGCGGCGGGGGAAUUUCGAACGUCCGAGGUUCUUCCGAGUACACCCUCUGAAACUCAUUCGUUUUUCUUCUGGGGCAUUGUUGCAAACAAUAAUUCUUUUAGAAUUGGUACAGUGAUUCAUAAUUUGAGUCACUUUCGUUUGGCAACAGACGGACUGAGAUGGUUCAAUAUCCGAACACGUGUUGUUUUUAAGAUAUUAUCGUCUGCGCUUAAACCGGCUUCUUUGGAUGUCUGAAGUUCUGCCAAAGAUAUGCGUACCACCUCAUUGAGAAAUCUGUUGUUUCCAUAAUUACAUAAAAGAUGAUAUACCGGAGAGUAUGAAUCAACAGCAUAUACUUGCACUGGCUUCUACUGCUGACUAGCUUCCGACUGAAUAUACUUUUUCACAAGCGCUUGAUCCAACCCCAAUAAUGAAGACCGAAAACAAUCACAGGACUAUUAGGACUAGCUCCUCCAUCAACGACGCCUACGACAUGCAUGAAUCUCACAGCCACGAACCUCUAGUGGCCCAAACUUACAACCUCGAGAACUUCUCCAAGACCGUCGAGGACAAGCUUGAAGAUGAUGAAGAUGACGAUGACAUGGGUCUUCCGUGCGGCUGGGGCCCCCUCCAACCCUCCAAACUCCAGAAAUUCCGUUCAGCUAGAUGGGUCCUCUUUUGGCUAUGCUGGGCUGGCUUUCUCCAGGGGCUCAUCGUCAACGGUUUCAUCAAUGUCGUCAUUACCACCAUCGAGAAAAGGUACCAGCUUCGCAGUACAGAGUCUGGACUGAUUGCUGGAGGUUAUGACAUUGCCUCCUUUCUGUGCCUUAUACCUGUCAGCUACCUUGGUGGCUCAAGAAGCAAGCCAGUAUUCAUCGGUAGUGGUGUCCUUGUCCUGGCUCUGGGCUCCUUUGUCUUUUCUCUACCUCAUUACAUGUCUGGACCUUAUUCCUUCAGCCAGGAGCAGGAAGACAUGUGCUCUGCUACGAACAGUUCUGCGGACUGCUCUGCAGAUUCGGUGUCGUACCUAAACCAAUACAAAUACGUGUUUUUUCUGGGACAGUUGCUGCAUGGCGCUGGAGCAGCACCUUUUUACACACUCGGGUGUACUUACCUAGAUGAAAAUGUACCCACCAAGAUGUCUUCUGUUUAUUUAGGCAUCUACUAUACAAUGGCCGUAAUUGGUCCUGCGGUUGGAUAUGUGAUUGGCGGACAAUUUUUAAAGCUUUAUGUGGAUGUUGGAGUUGACCCAUCAGAACUUGGCCUAACUUCCUCUAGUAGUGUUUGGGUAGGAGCCUGGUGGAUAGGCUUCAUUUUCACCGCCAUACUUGGAGCUCUUGUUGCCAUUCCUUUAACUGCUUUUCCUAAAACUUUGCCUGGUGCCCUGAGGAUAAAAGCCGAGAAAAAGACGGAAAUGCAUCAAAAACUUCAAAACAGUGAAGCUGUUCAAAGUGGUUUCGGAACAAGUCUCAAGGAUCUACCUUCGUCAUUUCGAUUCUUACUCACAAAUCCAACAUUCGUUUUCUUAAGUCUUGCUGGAGCUACAGAAGGAAUGCUUGUCUCUGGAUUAGCUACUUUCUUACCAAAAGUUAUUGAAUCUCAGUUUAGUAUAGCAGCUAGUUAUGCAGCAGUUCUUGUUGGUUUGGUGACUAUACCUGGGGCUGGAGGAGGCACUUUUCUUGGCGGUUACCUGGUGAAGAAACUUAACUUGCGCUGUGCGGGAAUCAUUAAGAUGUGCAUCAUUUUCUCUUUCAUCUGCGUCGGCCUUGUGUUCAUUUUCAUUCUUCAUUGUCCCAAUGCUAAGUUUGCUGGACUCAAUCAGUUUCUCCCGAAUAGCUCUGAUCAAUCAGGCGUCCCUAAAUUUCAAGGCACUUGUAAUGAGGCAUGCAACUGCUCCCCAAGACAAUACGACCCUGUUUGUGGAACUGACAACAUAGUUUACUAUUCUCCUUGUUUCGCUGGCUGCAAAAAUACUUAUCAACUACACAGUACAAAGGUUUAUGGUGAUUGUGCCUGCAUUGAGCAUGAAGGACGUAAUGUUACUAUAAAUGGACAAAACGUUGUGAUUCAGGCAUCUCGAGAGAAGUGUGUGAAUUAUUGCAGUUACAUGCCGGUCUUUCUUCUACUUAUUUUCCUUUCCAUGCUGUUCACGUUCUUAGUCAGCAUGCCAUCCCUUUCUGGAACCCUCAGAUGUGUAGCUGAAAGCCAAAAGUCAUUCGCUCUUGGUGUUCAAUGGAUUGCAGUUCGAUUAUUGGGCACUAUACCUGCUCCUAUCCUAUUUGGAUCGUUAAUCGAUGUCAGUUGUGAACUUUGGCAAGACACGUGCAAAGAACAAGGCGCCUGCCUAUUUUAUGAUAAUCAAUUCAUGAGCACGAAUGUUCUUAUUUUGGCCUGUGUUCUUAAAUCCCUGUCCUGUAUUUUCUUCUUCUUCGCUUGGCUGCUCUACUGCCCUCCAGGAGGCUCUGAAGAAAGUGCAGAAAAUACCACAAAAGUUGACAACUGUGACCCGAUGGAACUGAACCAUAAAGAAAUCAUCCCAACUGAUAAUUUUAAUAAUAAGUCAAAUUCAGAUGUUCUCAAAGAUAAAGUCACAAAUGGGAAUAUUAUUUGAAUCUUUAUUUCAAUCUCAAAAUGCAUGUCUUUAAUCUGUACUACAAACCCAUAGAAAAUGGGCAAAAUCAUAAGAAAAUAUGAAUGUUGUAUAUAAGUGUGAAAACAAAGACAGAUUUCUGAUUGGCAGUAGGCGAAGGGGUAUGCAGAUAGGUCAAUAAAUUAAUGUUAUUAGCCUAAUUAUCACAUGAAUAAGUUUGUAAAAAUUACAUAUUUUAUGCAUUAUAAAAUAUUAGGACUACAAUGUGUAUUUACAUUCAAUUAAUUAAAUAACUAUUAAAUAAAUUAAAGAUUAAUUAAUUAUUUUUUCAAAAAAAUAUAUUGGGAUGUUAAUCAUUCAUUCAUUGUUUAAGCUAUUUUUUGGUUGACAGGUCUUUUUAAAGUGAUUAUUUUUAAAGUUAAUGUAUAUUUGAAAUUUAUUAUUUAUUAUAAAUCUUUCAUGAAAAUUAAAUGCAUAUUUUUUCCUAUUAAAUAAAUCAUUAACUAAUAAUUGUGAUAAAUUUUCAAGAAUUUUAUUACUUUAAUUUUAAAUAAUUAACUUAAAAAUAAAUAAAUAAUAUCAUAUAUUUUUAUAGUAUUUAAAAUAAAAAUUAAAUUGAUUUACAAAUUUUGGAACUAAAUUGAUCAUUUAUUAAAUGAAGAGCAUCACGAUAUGAUUUGCCUAGGACUGUUAAACUCCUAAAUCUACCACUGCAUGGUCUGUAUCGCCAGAAGUAAUGUACUGUUGGAGAAAAUAUCUGUGAAUUGGAAAUACAAUUGAAUAAUUGCUAUAAUAGUGAGGACACUUGAAUGUGGUGACCUCAGAUUUAAAAUUCAUAAUCUUAAUUUCAUGUAUUGAUGUGAACUCUUUUUAUACAAUUAAAAUUUUUUAAGAGUUGCUGGCUCUGAUAUUGUUCCUUUAUCUAACCGUGGUUCGAAAUUAUAAGAUUCAUCAUAAAAUAUAUAUUAUUUUUCUUCUAAUAAGAUUGAACUCAACUAAAUCCUGUAGUGUGUUGCCGCUUCAGCAAUGACCUUGCAUUUUGUGGUGAUUUAUACCUGACUAGGUGUGUGGUAUUAUUCAUCCCUUAAACUUUGUAUCAAAAGUUACAAAAUAUUCUGUGUAUAAUGUAUACUUUUAUUCAGGCUUAGCAAAGCAAAAAAAUAUAUAUGUAUAAUCCUUGAUGUAUAUUAUACAUUGUACAUAGAGAAUUUUACCAUCAUGGUACAAGUUAAAUCACAUUGAGCUGUAAAUAAGUUACUGAAAUCAUAGUAUAUAUCAUUCAACAAAAUUUAACUAUCCUCAUCAAAAUUACACUAUUUUGCUCUAUGCAGAAAAUCUUUUAACCAAUGAAUGAAAACAGUGUCAUGAAUUACUAAUUGCAUCUAAUUUAUAUUUCUGAUGUCAGAGUUUCAAUUGCAGUAUUGAAGGUGUGAGACUCAAAUUUAAAGAAUAUUUGCCAUAUAUACUAUCGCCUUGGUAUCAAAUUUUUCCGGAUCAAAGAUUUUCCUUAUUAUGUGGAACAGCAAUUGGGAGAAAGAAUGUAAAUUUUUCACCGCCUAACCAUGGCUUACAAUUACUAUUUCAUCAGAAAAUAACCCUUACAUGGGUUUAAGCCAUGAUCUAAUUCAAUUAAAAUAAAUUAGCUCCUAUUGAUGUAAAAUCGAUUGAAAAUUCAAGAAGACAGUAGAUCGUAAUGAUUUGAAGGAGAAAUGGAUAUAAAGAUUACCAGCAAAAAUUGUCAGAUAAAUAUCCAGUUUUUAAUUUAGGUAAUUCGCUAUAAAUGAUAGUCAUAAUUUUAAUUUUAACAAAUAAUACAAAAUUCCUUUAUAUAAUUAAAAUUUGAAGUGUAGUUUAUUCUUUUUACCCAUAGAAAAACUAUUGAAUGAAUUGGAACUUCUAGUAUGGAGGUAUUGAAAUGUUUUGAGACACUUCUGUAUAUUUCUGAUAUUAGAAAAAUUUUUAAUGCUAUGAUUACGAAUCUUAAAAAUAAAAUCAUUAAAAUGAAAAAAUUCUUUUUCUCAACACAGGUGAAAAGAAUAUGUUUUAAAUGUGACAAAUUUGUUCAAAACUUUUUUUUUUUCAAAUUAUUUUUAAGCCAGAAGGUAGGACAUAAUGGUCAAAUACUCCCCCUCAAAAAAAAAAGUAAUUUUUAUUAAGAACUAUUUAAAUUAAUUUUAAAAGGUUUAUCUUAUUAAUUUUAGAAGGUUCUUUUAUCUCUGAAGUCCUUUGAUUGAUGAAUGGUAAAUUUUCUAUAUAUGCCAUUGUGUCAUUUUUAGCAAUAUAACUGCUAUAACCAGAUCAGUUUUGCUUGGAAAGUAUAUAUAUGUGUGUGUUCUUGUUUUAUUUUAACAUGAUAAUGUCUGUAGGUUGUAUUUUAUCUGUAAAUGCCAUGAUGCACUACGCUGGAAUACGAUGCUAAAAUCGUUCUAAACACUCCACUUGCCAAAACAUUGAACCUGGAGUUUCCAAAUUUUGCAGGUAGUUAGUUACUUCUUGGCUAGAAAGCACUAAUUAAAAAAGCGGAUUCUUUUCCAAAAUUUUUAUUCCAUUUCAAAUUAAAAAUUAAUCGAAACGUCAAUGUUAUUCUCACUAUCUCUGCAAUAUAUUAUUUCUCAGAAACUAAUUUUGCAUCACUAAAAAAUAAAAAUAAAAAAUAAUUAAAAACUUUUCAUUAAGACUAAAUCUAUUGCAGUUCAAUUUUUUUCACGUAACAAUAAAUUUAGAAAUAUUUUUAAGUAUAUUUUACAACAAUAUUUUACAUUGUUUCAACAGUAUUAAAUAUACUUUCUAUGUGCACAAAAUCACUGCUAUACAAUUCAGAAGUAAAAAUUUAAAAAAUAAUAUAAAGAUGAAUCGAACUUAAAGGCAUUAUCAUGUUACAAUGUUUUCAUUUACUUUAAAUAUGGUAAAAGAUUGAAUAUUUUAAAAAACAAACAGUAUUUUUAAUUAUCCUACUUAGAAUGUAGAAAUGACUCAACCCUGACUAUUAGUAUUUCAAAACAAUAUUUUAAUUAUUGAUUUUUAGCUGAUUUUUUUUUUGUUUAAAUUUUCCUUUUGUUGUUUUUGUUCAAAGUACCCAAUAUUUUUUUAUUUGCAUUUUCAUUCAUUCUUUUGUUCUUAUAUAAAAGAAUAUGACUGAUUAAUUCAAUGUUUUAACUGAAAAAUAUGUCAAAAUUAAAACUGCAACCGUAUUUCAAUAAAAUCUUGCAAAGCUUCGAAACAAAUUAUAAAAUUCUCUAUUGGUUUCUUAUAAGAAUUCGUCAGUGGUUCUUUAAGGUGAUCAAAUUAAGUGGUAAUUUCUCAUAUUAAAUUAUAUACCACAGGGUAAUUAAGAAUGAAUAUAGCGAUUGCAAACGGCUAUAACUAUUUAAUGAAAAGAAUUUAUCGAUAAGAUUAACACAUAAUAUAGACGUACUCAAUUGUAUAUAUACUUCUGAAUUAUGUACAUUCGUCAUAGAUGUUCUAUGUGACUUUCCUUGGUCACACGGACAACAGCUGGGCGGUAAUCCAUUUUACACCAUACAUUCUGAAGCAUGUCCGCAGUCACCGACGCAAGCGUAUUUUGAGUUCUUCAAUUGUUUUGGACAUGUGAAGCACAUACACCCUGUUUUUGUCAUAACCCCCACAGAUAAAAAUCGCAGGGUGUUAAGUCUUGGGGUUCUCCGCAUUUGGAGUUUCUUAAGUGUAACGCUGACAAAAUUUUCUCUGCACUGUGAUAGCAGAAUGGCAGUUGUUCAAUUCCAACACUCAGAAUGCUUUCUGCACGGGACUUGCCAUUUUCAUUAAUGAGACGCCUGCAAUGAACAGGUUUCUUGUCGUUGCGAAGUUACAACUUGCGCGUGCUUAGGCUUCCGCUUCACUGCACCUGCGCCUUACGUAAAGAAAUUUUGAAGUUCCGUCUACAGUCUAUGUUAAUCUUAUCGAUAAAUUCUUUUUCAUUAAGUAGUUACAGCCAUUCGUAAUCGCUAUAUUCGUUUUGAAUUACCGUGUAUUUCUGAAAGAAUAUCCAUGUAAAUAUGUCUAACUCUGUUAUUCUUCAAAUGUUUUCUGUGUUUGCAAAUGAAUUAAAUGUGCAUCAUAUAUAUAUAGCUGUAUAUAUAUAUAUUACAUUUGGAAAGCAAUUGUUUUGUACUUUAUUAUUAAAUUUCAUGGAAAUCAUUUAUUUUUAAAGUAAUAUUUAUUUAUUUAUUAUAUUUUUAUUUAAAAUGGGAAUAAGUUAAGCAUCAUUUUUUGUACUAGUUUUUCAUCUCAUCAAACGUCACUUUCAUUAGUUCAGCGAUCAAUAGUCUUAUUUAGAUUUUGUACCAUGGGUUUUUUUAUACAGUUUUAUUGAUCUCUUCAGCAAGUGUAUUUUCAAAUAAAAAUAAUUUUGUAUAUUUUGUAAAUAUCUUGUGGUUAUGGCAAUUGUUCA